UUUUAUUUUUAGAAGCUUAGGAAGUGAUGUAAAGGCAAAUGUUAAAAAAAUAAUUCUCCGACUCCGAUUGCGUUGCGUGUGUAACAAAAUUUUUGAAUAUAUUUUAAAUUUUCUCAUUAUUUUGGGUUGUUUUUUUUCUAAUUUUCCAACUGCAUUCAGAGGUUAUGGAAACGUGCUACAAAUUUUGAUUCAUAAUUUAAAGUUAUUCUCACAAAAAGUCCAGAAAUUUGCCUGCCGGUUCUUUUUACAUGGCCUUAUACUUAGUCAUCCCACUAACCGUUCGGAAAUUCAUAAUUUAUUUAUAAUUAAUUGUUCCAAGUUCAACAUCUUCAACUUUGAGAAAUGAAUCUUCUUGUGGUAUUUGUCAUUCUUUUGGCAGUUCGUCUGGCUUCGGUGUUUCUAGUACAAACUUAUUAUGUUCCUGAUGAGUAUUGGCAGAGUUUGGAAGUUGCCCAUAAGAUUACAUUUGGGUAUGGUUACUUGACUUGGGAGUGGGUGCAGGGAAUUCGUAGCUACAUCUAUCCGUUGGUCUUUGCUGGCCUCUAUAAGGUUCUAGCUCUGUGUAGUUUGGACCACGUCAACUAUUUGAUUCUACUACCUCGAAUUUUGCAAGCAGCACUUUCUGCCUUUUCGGAUUAUCGCUUUUUUGUGUGGACGGGGAAAAAGAAAUGGGCGCUGUUUUUAAUUACAGUCCCAUGGUUCUGGUUCUACACGGGAUCUAGAACACUGACCAACACUUUAGAGGCUUCAUUAACAACCAUUGCCCUGAGUUACUUCCCCUGGCAGAAAGAGGGAACCAGUUAUUUAUGGUUGGCUGCGUUAUCGUGUUUCAUUCGACCGACUGCGGCUAUUAUUUGGAUACCAUUGUGCAUUUAUCAUUUGACGAAGACUCGACUUUCGGUUGUAGAACUGAUUUUGAAGAGAUUCCUCUUGAUUGGACUUCUUGUAGCUGGAGCUGGUGUAAUGUUGGAUACCUACAUCCAUGGAUCUCUCAUAGUGACACCCUAUGAAUUUUUAAAGUAUAACCUGCUUCAAGGUAUCGGAAGUUUCUACGGAACUCAACCUUGGUACUGGUAUUUUACUAUUGGCCUACCCACCGUUCUCGGCAUCAACACCCUGCCCUUUAUGUUUGGUGUGAUUGAAACAAUCCGACACCGUGAAGUGUUUCCCAUUCGUAAACAACUUCUCAUCACCAUAAGCGUCUCGUUGGUGGCCUUGAGCUUUGUUGAACACAAGGAAUUCCGAUUUGUGUCGUCGCUUUUGCCAUUGUGUUUGUAUAUCGUGGCAGAUACCCUUACCCGAUGGAGUUACAAGGCAUCUCGGUCGUUGUUGUGGUUCAUUGCGGCGGUUAUUCUUGUUGGAAAUGCUUACCCUGCCUGGUAUUUGAGUACGGUGCAUCAGAGAGGUCCAAUCGAUGUUAUGUCUAAGCUGCAGGAGGUCUCCAAAGAUUAUCGUGAUGAGGCUAAUCACAGGGCUUCCAUUCUAUUCCUCAUGCCAUGUCAUUCAACUCCGUAUUUUAGUCACAUUCACGAAAACGUCACUUUACGGUUUCUUACGUGUGAACCUAACUUGAAGAACACUCAAUCCUACCUCGAUGAAGCUGAUCAAUUCUAUGAAAAACCUGAUGGAUGGCUGAGAUCUCAUAUACCAAGUUAUCCGAGAACUGCAAUGCCCUCGCAUGUUGUUCUUUUUGAGCCUUUAACAUCGAAAAUCAGUGAAUUCCUAUUGAACUACAGGGUUCUGCACAAGAUCCCUAAUGGAGAGUACGUUCAACCUAGAACUGGAAAAAAUAUCAUAGUCUAUCAACGAAUUAAGGCUGGCGAGGAGAAUCUCUUCAAUCAGAAGAAUAAAGCUAAAGAAAAUGGCCCCACUGGAGGCGGCGGAGGUGGUCGUGUAGUUGUAGAUGAGGACAUUGCUAAUUUUGAGCGAGGCAGUUAUCCAGGUGAUGGAGCUGGUGGUUUUAGUGAUUACGAAACGGAGACAAAUCUAUUCAACUAAUUAAGAGACUUAUGGUACCAACAAAAAGUACCAUCGAGAGAGCAUAUUGUGUGGCCAGUGGAGAGACUAAACCGACCAACCAACCGACCAACCUUUCAAUGACAAAAAUAAGGAAAACUUAUUUAAGACUCAAAGUAAUUUUUUUUUGUAUUUAAGAAAAUAAUUCUCUAUGUGUGCUAUUUUCGAAUAUUAUUAAAAAAAAAAAACAAUUUGUAGAAAAUUCGAAUCAAAUUUAUAAAAGAACUUUAUUCUUUUUAAUAUGAUUAAAUAUCAAAAUUUAUAUUCGUUAUAAUGUAUGUAGGUAUAUAAUGAAGUCCUUUUUCGGUUCUGGUGUUUUUAGUUCUAAUUUAUAAAAAAAGAAUAAAAUGUUAACGUUUAUAUUUUUUACAACGCAAAAGCAAUAAACAAAUGUCGUGCCCGUUUUUAAUGAA